UUUUGACACAUGUCAGAUACUUUCUGUGACAUUCAUUCAUAAGUUCUUUUCGUAACCUAGCUUACUGGAGUAUAAUUGUGUUGGAGGUUAUACAAGAUAUAAUUCAGGAUGGUGCGUAUGAACGUGUUGAGCGAUGCGCUCAAAUCUAUCAACAAUGCUGAAAAGCGUGGUAAAAGACAAGUUCUGAUCAGGCCAUGCUCCAAAGUCAUCAUUAGGUUCUUGACUGUAAUGAUGAAGAAGGGUUACAUUGGUGAAUUCGAAAUUGUAGAUGAUCACAGAAGUGGCAAAAUCAUCGUCAAUUUAACCGGUAGAUUAAACAAAUGCGGAGUUAUCUCGCCUAGAUUCGAUGUCCCAAUUACACAAAUUGAAAAAUGGACCAACAAUCUUUUACCCUCAAGACAGUUUGGAUAUGUUGUAUUGACUACUAGCGGUGGCAUCAUGGACCACGAAGAGGCUAGAAGGAAACAUCUUGGAGGCAAAAUUCUUGGUUUCUUCUUUUAGUAAUUUGUAUCAAAUAAAUAUAUAAAACUAAA